AUGUCUUUAGUAAGAUUUCCAUUAAGAACCAGGCUAAUAAGAAGUCUUAGUCCCAUGAGAUUAACGGUUAGAACCGUCACAUCGGCGAGUGCAGGUGCUAAGGCAAAGUCAAGAUAUGAUAAAACGAUAAUCAAGCCAAUACUUUUAGUAAUGGUGUUUGGAUCGAUAUUAAACUCAGUCAUAGUUGAAAAGAGAAAAGCUCAAGAUAUGGAAAGGAAGUACCACUUAAAGGCCAACAAAUUGAAAGAGUUGAUACAAAGAGUUAAUGACAAUAACGGAAAAGUGGAUUUUGACGCAGAUGACGAAUUAAGAUUGGUAAAUUUAUGUCUAGGGAUUACCGAUAAGAACAUAGUUUCAACAGAAGAGGACAAGGGUGACAUUGUGAUUCCUAAGGAAGAGUCACUAGAAGAGAUUUGGCAAAGUAUAAUAGACGAAGCAAAAAAAGACAUAGUAGAACCGACUAAAAAUGAUGAUGGUACGAACAAGGAAGGGAUUGUCACCGACGUAAAUGUUUUAAGGGAUUUGCAAAAUUCAAAGAAAGAAGACGAACAAGUUUAUUUGAACGGUGACAUACAUAUGAUCAUGAACCAACCAGGUGAUUUAAAUGAAAUUGCUAAAGAGAAUGCUAAAAUCCCAAAAUUUCUGUAG